AUGGUGGGAGAUUGGUUUUCAGAAGUGGCCAAGCUGGACCAUGUGUGGUGGCUUGAUAUCAAAGGGAAGAUAGAGUCUAGAAAGUUAAGUCCCAAAACCAACUAUGCAGCUCAUCUUGUGUUCAAGCUCGCAGAAAACGGUCGCCAUUGGCAUGGACUUCGCCGGAGGCCAGUUCUGUUACGUGUUUAUUUCGAAGGGGCCGAGGUCGAGGAGGGGAACAUGGUGGUGCUGGACCCUCCCGAAGGAGCUCCUACAGAUUUUCAUGAGAGAGCCGAUGGGUGGAUGGAGAUUAAGAUGGGGGAAAUCUUAACGAAUUCGGAGAUGAUGGCUCCAUUAUUUUCAGUCUUAAUGAGGUCGAUAACUAUAGCGUCAAAGGUGGAUUAA